ACGCCAUCUUGCUGGUUUGCAGCCGAUCUUGGAUGUGGCGGCAGCGGUGGUGAGGGCGUGGGGAAGGGUGGGGUGAGGGGGCGAGGCCGCGGCGAGGGCGGUGAAACUCUCCUCCCCCUCAGCCCCACCGCGUGGGACGGCGUGAGCGCGGUAUCGGAGGGAUGUCCGCCUUCUCUGAGGCGGCGCUGGAGAAGAAGCUGUCGGAGUUGAGCAACUCGCAGCAGAGCGUGCAGACCCUGUCCCUGUGGCUCAUCCACCACCGCAAACACUCGCGGCCCAUCGUCACCGUGUGGGAGCGGGAGCUGCGGAAAGCCAAACCAAACAGGAAGCUUACUUUUCUCUACCUAGCUAAUGAUGUCAUUCAGAACAGCAAAAGGAAGGGGCCAGAGUUUACAAAAGAUUUUGCACCAGUUAUAGUGGAGGCUUUUAAGCAUGUUUCAAGUGAAACUGAUGAAAGUUGUAAGAAGCACCUUGGAAGAGUGUUAUCUAUUUGGGAAGAAAGGUCUGUUUAUGAAAAUGAUGUAUUAGAACAACUUAAGCAAGCUCUGUAUGGCGAUAAGAAGCCUAGGAAGCGAACAUAUGAACAGAUAAAGGUGGAUGAGAAUGAAAACUGUUCCUCUCUAGGAUCUCCAAGUGAACCACCACAGACUCUAGAUCUCGUUAGAGCAUUACAAGAUCUAGAAAAUGCAGCUUCUGGUGAUGCAGCGGUUCAUCAAAGGAUAGCUUCUUUGCCUGUUGAAGUUCAAGAAGUAUCCCUACUAGAUAAAAUAACAGACAAAGAAUCUGGAGAAAGACUUUCUAAAAUGGUAGAGGAUGCUUGUAUGUUGCUGGCAGAUUACAAUGGCAGAUUGGCGGCUGAAAUAGAUGAUAGGAAGCAACUCACUCGAAUGUUAGCAGAUUUUCUUCGUUGUCAAAAGGAAGCCCUUGCAGAGAAAGAACAUAAAUUGGAAGAAUACAAGCGCAAGUUAGCCAGAGUUUCCCUGGUGCGAAAAGAACUCAGGUCCCGGAUCCAGAGCCUGCCGGACUUAUCUCGAUUGCCCAAUGUCACUGGCAGCCACAUGCACCUGCCCUUUGCGGGGGACAUCUACAGUGAAGAUUGAUGACCAGUCUCUUUCCAGGGCCCAGGACUUUGCAAGAGAUGGAGACAGGUUAGGUGGAUAGUCCUGUAGUGUUAUUUUUGUAUAUUGUUGAGAGAGUGACAUUAACAAAAAGAAAUAAGUAAUUUAUAAAAUUGUUUAAAAUGUUGGUUUGUUUACUAUUUUAUUGGUAAGUUAACAUGACUUAGUUUAAACAAAGUGAAUCUCUGUGUAUUAAUAAGCUCACAAAUAGUGAUUAUUUUCAAAAGAUCUUUUGUAAAUUUUUUUGAUUCAGGGCCUUGUGAGAAAUUCCAUGUUUCUAUUUCUUCAUGUAUUUUCAAAUGAUUUUCUUUAUUUUCUUCAGUAUCUAAUCACUGUAUAGUAUGUAAUUCCUAAAGAGUAAGAACUAAUCAGGAGUUCGUUGAGAAUUUAUUAUGGUAUAGUUAGGACUUGAUUGUAGAAGGGACUAAGUGUUCCAACUUAAUUUUCACCCUUCUUCCCAACCAAAAUAUCAGUUCUGUGCCUCUCAAUGCCUUUGAUUCCUAUUUCCUAGAGGUCAGUAAUUUAACAGUAAACAUGGAUGUCAUUUUGAGAGUCAGAUCAGAACCUAGAGAACUUUUCCACAAUAGCACUAUAGGGCUAUAGGGGUUCCAUUCCAACUGCCACAGUGUAGAAUAAAAGGAGUGUUAAAUAGGGACCCCCUUGAAUAAACUUUAUUAUUAUUUGGAUAGAUUAAUAUGAAAAUGCUUUGGAAAUGUUAUAAAUUUUGACAUUGUACCAAGAGAACAACUCUGAUUCUAGAACUGAUUUCUAGUUGUCAAAUCAGGCUCCUUUUAACAUAAUUGAUCCCUUCAACAUAAAGCCAUCUGUGGGAUUAAAAGAAGUGUAAAAUAAUGAUACUUUAUUAUUCUCUUAGUCAUUUAACUUUAAAAACAAUAGUAUUUUUAGCUUUAAUAUUUCAAGAACACAAUAUUCAUUAAUGUUCAGUAAAGUAGCCUGGAACAUUUUUAAUGUUUCCUUAAGGUUUUUGAAUGACUGUAUAUUUGGAAAUUAAGCAGUGCUACACUACAGGGUAGAUCUGGUAAAUAUUAUAUUUGUAUAUUUAGAAUUACCAAAACAAAUGUACUUUUUUUUACCUUUUAUUUCUAACCCUGUGUGUUAGAGCAGUUGCAUGCUCUCCUGCUUUCUCUUUAAAUCACAUUGUUAAGCUGUGGAGUUUGUACUCAGUGAUGACUUAGGAUGAACAUUUUUUUCAUUCAUUACUUUACAUAUUAGACAUUUUUCUUUUCAUUGUAAGAAGAUUCAACUUAGAUAGUCAAUAAAACAUCUUUUAAAUCCCACAAGCCAGUUAUGUCUCACUAGUCUGAAUGGCUUCACUCUUUCUCAGUAUUAGAGAUUAUAGCUAAAAUGAAUCUAUAUGUGAAGGAGAAGACAAAUAUUUAUUUUUAGUAGCCAGUAGUUUUGGGAACAGUGCUUUUAACAGUUUGACCUCUCCGAAACAGAAACACAGAGAAGUAGUUCCCACAUAUGGCUUAUAUUCCAAGGUUUUUUAGUCAACUUUUGGAACUCGGGGCACAUUUUUUCACAGGAACGGUAGUAAUUAGAUUCCCUGUGAACACUACCACAGAAAGCUCACCCAGGAAUCUAAUCCACUUAACCAUGAAUGUACUUAACUUGUAAUGUGGUUGACAAAUUACUGGUAGUAGAUCCUGACCAACAUUUGUAACGUCGCUAAGAAAAUGGUGUAUAGCAGCCAGACUUACACAUUGGGGUGUAUGUCUGUCUUGUGUACUUCUGUCCCUAGGUGUAGGAUAUGUAAGAAAAAGAUUCAGCAUGGUGGUGGAGGGUGUAACCAAUGCACAAUUAUUAAAACCUGGUUAUACCUGUUGUAAAAGUAUGCCACGCAAGUUAAUCUUUGUUAAAGUGAAAACAAAAACUUGUGUAUUAAUUUAUUUUCAGCAUUUUGACCUUAUUUAUGAUCUGCUGAAGUGUUGAUUUAUCUAUUCAAAAUACAUUUUUUUUCCAUUUAAAACUAAUUUAUAAACUAUGUACUCCUGGGAAGAUUUGAAACCAAUUAGAAGUUUGUUGAAAUAUUUUCACCAUUUAAGACAGACUUCUGACUUAGAUACUGAUUUUAAUGCCAGUAUCUGCCCUAAAUAUUUAUGAUAAAAAUGCAUUAUUUUUUAAAGAGCUUGAUGUGAUUUGUGAUAAGUGAUAGUACUCAACCUGAAUCCUACUCCCAGUUUCACCCUUUGACCAAUCCUCCACAAGCCUUCAGUUGUUGGUUGAUUUACUGACUGUAAACACAAAUGAUAUGGUCUGGUUUAGAAGUUAUGUUUUCAGCCUUAUGAUAAUUAACAUGGUAAGCCUUAGCAGUAAAUAGCUUUCCUUUCUAAAAGGGAGACUACAUUUUCUCAAGAAAUGGGGCUAGCUGGGGGUACUAUAAUACCAGAUUCUAAAUCAUGAGCAUUUUCUUCACUGUGUACGUGAGGCAAAUCAUGCAUUUUUGAGUGCAGCUUGGCCUGGCCCCUCAAGAGAAAAGCAUGUCGCCAUACUUGCAGUAGGGGUAUUUUGGUUUGAAUGGAUACCAUCACUCUUUUCUCCACAAACAGUGCAGAGAGCUGUCUGGAGUGGCAGUUUGAACAGAUUCCCUGGCGUUCCCUCUGCUCCUUCCAUCAUUACAGUAAGUAAAAGAACCACAUGGGGGAACCCGGGAGUCUGAGAAAAUCAGCUGUGCUUAACAGCCAACCUCCCUUUCUAGGAAAACCAGUCCAGGUGCAGCUAUUUUGGUACCUCUUCUCACAUGCACUCUGAAUCAGGGUUUUUCUGUAAGAACUCCUUCAGGAUCAGCAACAGCUGGGAUGACGUUGUCAUCCUGAUCUGCAAAAUUAAAAUAACAAACCUAGGUUGUCAAUUGUCACUGUAGAUGAGCAACUCAUCUAUUAUCAUUAUUGAACUGGUUCUGAGAAAUCUUUAGAAAGAAAACACUCAAAAGUACAAAUUAAUUAGGAAAGUUAGAAUGUCCUUUCUGAAUUUUCCAUUCAAAAAAUUUAUAUUUUAUGAAAUAACAUAAAGCUCUAUACUGCUUUGUAUUCUAUUAAGAAGUAGCUCCUAAGAUGUAGAGUCUUGUUUAAUAGUUGUUGCACUGUAUCAAAGCUUUUUAAAGUGUAAAUCCAAUUCUUCUCUGUAUAGAAAGGGAGCAUUGUGUUACUUACUGAAUUUAUUUAUACAGAGCAUUUGUUGCCAUCUGUAAUUCCAGCCAUCCACACAUGAGUCUGUUCUGAGGUGGCAGUAGCACACGGGAAGAUGAAAUUUCCCUAUUUCUUUACCCCUUUUUCUUUGGUGGUAUCUGAUGACAAUAUAAGAUGUUCUUAAUAAAGUUUUACGUUCUUUUUGAGA